UCUCUUUCUCUCCAGGCUGUAACUGGCUGUCGGCUGGCACAAAUCCUAACCCACUAUUGCGUCUGUGCAAACUACUUUUGGCUACUAGUAGAAGGCCUCUACCUGCACAACCUUCUCGGACCCAUGGCCUUCUUGGAAGAAAGCUACCUCCCUGCCUACCUACUCCUAGGAUGGGGGACACCUCUCCUUUUUGUCAUCCCGUGGGGGAUCAUGAGAUACCUCGAUGAAAACAAUGAGUGCUGGGAGAGAAAUGAGAACCUGGGCUACUGGUGGAUCAUCCGUUGCCCAAUUUUGGUAUCAAUUUUGGUUAACUUCGUGAUUUUCAUCCGGGUGCUUAAGAUCGUGAACUCCAAGCUUCGGGCCCAGCAAAUCCAUUACACGGAUUAUAAGUGUAGGUUGGCCAGGUCGACUCUGACCCUCAUCCCUCUGCUUGGCACCCACGGGGUGGCCUUCGCCCUGGUGACAGAGGAGCAGGCCCUGGGCCCCCUGCGCUACGUCAAAUUCUUCUUUGAGCUCUUCUUCAACUCCUUCCAGGGUUUGUUGGUGAGCACGCUUUACUGCUUUGUCAAUAAAGAGGUCCAGUCCGAGAUCCAGAGAAACUGGCGGAUGUGCCAGGUGAACAUCGGCGUGCUGGAGAGACCGGGAUGCCAUUUUGGACCCUGCCGUUCCUGGUGUAACCGAAAAAGCCCGACCAGGAAGCCCAGCUGUGCUCAGAUUUACAUCCAAGUAGAACCCAAUGUUGCCCCGAGAGACUUGGACAAUGGGGUGGGCACUCCGUUCCAGCAGGCGCCCGCAAACUACAACUCCCAUUGGUAUAUCCCCGUCAAGAUGAAAGCGGAGAAUUAG